AUGGCGCAAAGGUACGACGAGCUGGCCCACUACGGGGGCAUGGACGGCGUAUCGGCGUCCAUGUACGGGGACCCGCACGCACCCCGGCCGCUCCCGCAGGUCCACCACCUCAACCACGGACCGCCGCUGCACGCCAGCCAGCACUACGGAGCCCACGCUCCCCACCCCAACGUCAUGCCCACCAGCAUGGGCUCGGCCGUCAACGACGUCCUAAAGAGGGAUAAGGAUCAGAUUUAUGGGCAUCCCCUCUUUCCGCUGCUCGCUCUGGUCUUCGAGAAGUGCGAACUGGCGACGUGCACGCCGAGGGAACCCGGAGUGGCCGGGGGAGACGUGUGCUCCUCGGACUCUUUCAAUGAGGACAUCGCGGUGUUCGCCAAACAGGUCCGAGCGGAAAAACCUUUAUUUUCAUCAAAUCCAGAGUUGGACAAUUUGAUGAUACAAGCCAUACAAGUAUUACGGUUUCAUCUCUUGGAAUUAGAAAAGGUGCACGAGCUUUGCGACAAUUUCUGCCAUCGGUACAUCAGCUGUUUAAAAGGAAAAAUGCCAAUAGAUUUAGUGAUCGACGAGCGGGAUGGAAGUUCCAAAUCGGACCAUGAAGAACUGUCAGGCUCGUCGACAAACCUCGCGGAUCAUAAUCCGUCGUCCUGGAGAGACCACGACGAUGCCACGUCCACGCACUCGGCAGGCACGCCGGGGCCGUCCAGCGGUGGUCAUGCAUCGCAGAGUGGCGACAACAGCAGCGAACAAGGAGAUGGUUUAGACAACAGCGUGGCAUCGCCCGGCACAGGGGACGACGACGACCCAGACAAGGACAAGAAGAGGCAGAAGAAACGCGGCAUUUUCCCCAAGGUGGCAACCAACAUCAUGAGGGCGUGGCUGUUCCAGCAUCUCACUCACCCGUACCCGUCUGAAGAGCAGAAGAAGCAGCUAGCCCAAGAUACGGGACUCACCAUCUUACAAGUAAACAACUGGUUCAUUAAUGCCAGGAGAAGAAUAGUACAGCCCAUGAUUGACCAGUCGAAUCGAGCAGGUUUUCUUCUUGAUCCUUCAGUGAGCCAAGGAGCAGCGUACAGUCCCGAGGGCCAGCCCAUGGGCAGCUUCGUGCUGGACGGGCAGCAGCACAUGGGGAUCCGGCCGGGUGGUCUGCCAGGCGUGCCGGUCGACUACGUACCUCAGAGCGGUCCUAUGGGCGUGAGCAUGGCCCCUUUCAGCAACCCCCAUCAGAUGACCUCCUACCCAGACCAGCUGCGUCACGUGGCCCCUCCUCAACACUUGUACCCCCACCACCCUCACCACCACGCCAUGCUGAUGCACGGAGGACCCACCUCGCCCCACCCGGGGAUGUCUGCGCAGAGACCCCCCUUGCUCACGCCCAUGGACCCCGCCACUGCAGGAGCGGGCCUGGACAUCCACGCCUGA